AUGGAAAAAAGAAAAACCUUAAGAAUAGGAAAAAGUGUUGUACAUGGGCGAGCAGGCCCAUUAAAAGGAGAAAUGAAUAACAUCGAAAAUUGUGAAAAGGGUAAUAAAAGAAAUGAAGAAAAAUAUAAUGAAUAUAAUAAUAAUGAUAGUAACAAAAAAGAUUAUACAAACCCUCGAUUUAAUAACAAACAAAUUAAUGAAAAUCGAAAUGAUGAAAAAAAUAAACAUGACGAUACAAAGAACACAAAUGAAGAUAUAUUAAAUAGUCAUUAUAAUAAAGAUGAUAAUGAAAAUACUAGUGUCGAUAUUUUUGAGCAAUUGCUGCAAAGAGAAUUAGCAAAAGGGGCUUUAGGUGGAGGAGUUGUUGAAAAUGAUCCAAAUAAAAUAAAAGGCUCUAUUAGUAAAAUUAAAGAAAAUAAUAAUGGCAAUAAUAAUGGCAAUAAUAAUGGCAAUAAUAGUGGCAAUAAUAGUGGCAAUAAUAAUGAUGCAAUAUAUAGUGGGAAUAAUAACGCAGCUACCAAUUUUGAUACAUAUUCAGGAAACAACCAAAUAAACGAAAAUAAUAAUCUAGCCAAUAUUAAUAAUACAGAAGAAGAUGGUGAUGAUAUGUCUAAAAUAAAAUUAAAUGACAGAAUUAAUAAUUCGAUAGUAAGAUAUAGAGUACAUGGAUAUAAUGAAGUUAUAAAAAUAUUCUCUAAUAAUGAAGAUAUGAAUAAAAAAAUCGAAAUUAUAAAUGAAAUAUUUAAAGAUGAAGAUUGUAUAUUAAGAUAUAUAUCAGAUAAUAAUGUUAUAUGUCAAUUAAAAGCUAGUGAAAUGACAGAAGAAUAUUUAAAUGUUUUAAAAGAAAUUUAUUUUUAUAAAUAUAAAGAUAAAUAUAAAACAGAAGAUAUAUUAAUUGAUUCAUUUGUUAAUGAAUAUCGAAAUAAAUUAUUUAAUUUAUUUAGUAAAAUUUAUAUUGUAUUAUGUGAAAAAAUAUUAACAAAUCCAAAAUCUUUUGAUAAUGGGUUUAAUAUAAUAAGUAAAAUAAUCGAAUAUUGUUCAAAUGAUAAAAUAACAAUAAAUAUGUUAACAAUAUUAACAGAUUAUAUGAAUUCUAUAUAUAUGAAAUCUAAUAAAUCUGUUGGAAAUAUAAAAGGAAUAAAAAUAAAAGUAAUAGGAUCUAUGUUAUUAUUAUUUUAUAAAUUAUUAAAUUCAUUUAAAGCUAAUGUUAUAUGUGUAAAAACAAUAAAUAAGUGUUGUCUAAAAUUUAAUGAAAUGGUAGAUAAAUAUGUUAAAACUAAUUUUUAUUUAUUAUAUAUAGAAAUUCUUACUCAAGUUAAAAAUAAAGAUUUCCAAAAUUGUAUAUUAAAUGAAUUAAAUAGUCAACAAAAAAAUUAUAUAACAAAAGAAUUACAAAAAGAUAAAAAUAUAGAUCGUUCAAAAAUUUAUGAUAAUUUUAAAACAUAUCUAACUAAUCAAACACAUUUAGAUGAAAUUGCUAAUAAUUUAGAAAAUAAUGAUUUUAUGAUAUCACCAUCAAAUUUAAUAGAUGAAACUGAUAUAUUUAAAGAAGUUUGUACAAAACAAUGGGAAAAAAGGGUUUUAGAAGGCUGUGUAGAUACUAAUACUAAUAAUAAUAAUAAUAAUGGAAACAAUAAUAAUACAUCAUUAAGUAAUGAAAAUUUAUUACCAUGGAAAAUAAAAGUUGAAGCUAUUAAUUUGUUAUGUGAAAAAAUAAAAUCAAAAUUUGCUAUAAAAAAAACACCUUAUAUAUCUACAAUAUUAAGUAUUAUAUCUAAAUUAUUAAAAAAUGAAUCCGCAUUACCUGUUGUAGUUUCAACCUUAAAAUUGCUUCAUAUAUUAAUCGAAAAAUUUGAUAAAGAUAUAUAUGCUACUGUUAAAAAAUUUUCAUUUAUUUUAUGUUCCAAAUUAAAAGAUUCUAAUAAACAAGUUUCUAAUGCUUGUAUGGAAUGUUUAACAAAAGCUAUUCUUGUAUAUAAUAUAGAUAUAUUUAUAGAUGAUUUAUCAAAAAAUUUUAAGGAUAAAAAUAAUAAUACUAGAUUAUUAACAUUAGAAUUUCUAAUUAAAAUAUUUGAUCAUAUAGAUAAAAAAAAUAUAAUUUCUAUAAUAGAUAUAACAAAACAUUUAUUAAAUGAUACUGUUGCUAAUAUUAAAAAUGCGGCUUUUAGAGUUUAUGCUAUGAUUAUAGCUAAUUACACUGAAGAUAUUUAUCCGUCUUUUUUUAAUUCCAUUUCUGAUAGUAAAAAAAAAUCAAUAUUAGCACUGUGUUCAUCUGUUCAGGUUGCGAAAAAACAAAAUAAAAUAGGCAAAAAUGAAGGUAAAGAAAACCAAAAUCAGAAUCAAAACCAAAAUCAAAACCAAAAUCAGAAUCAAAAUCAAAACCAAAAUCAGAAUCAAAAUGAAAAGAGGUCAGAUAAUACACUUUCAAUACCUGACAAUAUUAUGGGCAAUUUAAAUUCAACCAAUUUUAUGCAUAAAAUUGAAGCCUUAAAUUCGAUAAUUGAGUGGUUAAAAGAAAACGAAGCUGUUAAUAGUGGCGGAAGUGGCAAUUUUGAUUUUGAAAAAUUAGUUAAUAUAAUUAAAACGAAUUGUUAUGAAUUUAAAGGAAAAUAUAGUCAAUUAAAUUUAGCAAUAUAUGAUUUUUUUAACAAAUUUAUAGACAUUUUAUAUAAUUGUAAUAUUAAUAAUAAUACUAAUUCAUUUAUAAAAAUAAUGAACACAUUAAUAUGUUUAUAUCUUGAAAAAGUAGCUGAUCAAAAAGAUGGAAUAAUUUGCAAUAAUUUUAUAAAUAAAUGUUUUCAAUAUUUUGAUAAUAAUAUUAUUAUUGAUAUUCUUAUAAAAAAUAAUUCUGUAAAAUUUGCAAAAAGAAGUGAAACAUGUAUUAAAAUUUUGCAAAAAAUAUUUUUAAAUAAAGGUUUAGGAUCAAAUAUAAAUGUUAAACCUCUUGUUUAUUUUUUAAAACAAUUUGUAGAUUCAAAAAAUACAAAUUUAAAAAAUGCAUCUAUUCUUUUAUUACAAAUAUUAUCUAAAAAUUUUGGGGAUAAAAAUGUAUUGCCUUAUUUAGAAGGGAUAUCUGAAAAUAUAAGACAAAUUGUAAAAUUAAAAGAAGAUAUCGAUAAAUUUGUACAAAAACAAACUACUAUCAAUUUGCAAACAUCAUCAGCUUCUAUCUUAACCAAGUCAAACUAUGAAAAUGGCAAUAAUGAAAAUGGUAAUAAUGAUAAUGAUAAUACAGAACGGGCAAGCAAAUAUCAAGAUGCAGAACGGGCAAGCAAAUGUAAAGAUGCAGAACGGGCAAGCAAAUGUAAAGAUGCAGAACGCAGGAGCAAAUGCCAAGAUGGCGACGGGGAGUAUUUAAAAAAGAAUACAGUGGUCGAAAUUAAUUACACAAAUUCAUGUCUAAAUUAUAAUAACUCAAUUGUGCAGAACAAUAAUAAAGAUGCCGGAAAAAAUAGUGAAAAAUAUCAAUCUGAAAUCGAAGAAAAAAUAACAAUGGAAAAUAAAAAAGAAGUGUUCGAUUCGGAAAGUAUAAGAGAUAAAUUUGGAGAUGAUGAUGAUGAAAAAAUGGUAAAAAUCGGAGAUAUAAUAAAAGAUUGUGUUAAUAAAAUAAGUGCAGAAAAUAUUAACAAUUCAGGUAAUAAUAAUGAACAUACAAAUAUAGCUAAUAAAAUAACAAAUAAUGUUGUAAAAAUAAUAAAUAUUAUUGAAAAAAUAGGAAAAUAUUAUAUUGAUCCUGAUAAAUUAGAUAUGUUAAUUAAUGAUAAUAUUUUAAAAAAAAUAUAUAAUUGUAAUAAAAAUAAAUGUGUGCAAUUAUUAUAUGUUCUGUUAUUUUCAUUAAAAGAAAAUACAUAUAUUUAUUCGGAUGUUAUUUUUGAAUUUAUUAUCAAAAUUAUAGAAGAUAAAGAUAUAGCACUUGAUCAAAUUGAUAAACUUUUAACAUGUAUUUGUAAAAAUAUUGGUAUUUCAAAAUAUAUAAAUCUUAUAAAUAAUUAUAUUUUAAGUGAAAAAUUAAAUCAUAUUAAAACGUCAAAUAAAUUAUUUAGUCAAAAUUCUGGAACAAGUAUAAAUAACAAUUCAUCAGGAAAUAAUAAAAAUUUAAAACAAUUUUCUAAAAGAAAUGAAAUAUUAAUAGUUAUAAAUAUUAUUAAUACAAAUCAUAUUUUAUUAUUAAAUGAAAAUGUUAUACAAAAAAAAAUACUAAAAUUUUAUUUAGACCUUUUUUUUGAUGAUAAUGAACAAAUCAGAGAAAAAUCAUGUAAUGUUUUAGAUAAUAUAUAUUCAAAAUAUGGUUCAAACAUAUUUUUUAAUAUAUAUGAAAAAUUAUCUGCUCAUAAAAAAGAAUGUCUUCAUGAUAUUUUUAACCAAAUGAAAUUAAAUAGUGAUUUUUCUUUUUAUAAAAUUUUUACAUCUAAUAAUUCACAAGUAAAAAGAUUAUCAAAUAAUGAAAGUAACAUGAGUAAUAUUUCAUCUUCCAAUUUUAUAAAAUCAAAAAGCGUUAAGCGAUUAAAUACUUUUACAAAAAGUAAAACCUUAAAAAUUGAAUUUCCAUCAAAUUAUAAAAUUAAACCUGAUAAAUUAAAAUGGGAAAAAAAUCUUGAUCAAUCUCAUCUCAAUUAUUUAAUGAAAGAGUUCAAGUUGUUUAGUAGCCAAGAAUUAGUAUUCUGUAUGUUUUCUAACAACCCUAGUAUGAUCAAUCGGUGCAUAUCCUUUUUCAAAGAGUACUUAAGCAACAGUUCAAACCAAUCGACCUUUUUUUCAAAAUGCCGAUUUUUAGAUUUAUUAUUAAAAUGGAUAUUUUAUUCUUUAAGUAUAAAUCAGAACAAUAAGGAAUUAUUUAUUGAGUUUAUAAAUUUGAUUAAAAUGAUUUUAAAAACAUUUGAAGAUAAUUAUGUUUUAUUAAAUAAUCAAGAAUUAAUUAUUUUGGUUCAUUUUAUUUUUGAUAAAUUAAAUAAUACUGUUGUUACACCAGAAAUUAGUAAAAAAUUUAAGGAAAUUCUUAUUUCUUUAUGUUAUAUCUCGGAUCACAAAUUAUAUUUUUCUUACCUUUUGAAACAUGCCUCAACAUGUAGCCCAAAGAAAAUAUGUGACGCUUUAGACAUAUUGCUCAAACUAAUAAUUUUAUACAAAGAUAAAUGUUUAAACAUUGAAAAGGAUGUCAUGAAAGUUCUUCAGAUUUUUACAGUUCAUAGCAAAAAUAAGAAUGUGACAUUUUAUUGCUUAAAAAUUUUUGCUAAUAUUCAAAAAUUUUGUCCAAAUCUUUAUAAAGGGAUAGACAAUGAUGAUAUAGCUUAUUAUUUAAAAAGCAAAGUUGACGAAUUUAUUGAAAAGUGGCCAAAUUAUAAUGAAUCAUCAAAUGAUAUUCAAGAAAAUAAAAAUAUUAAUUCUUAUCCUAGUGACAAUUCUGAAGGAAUCGUUAAAGAUGAAGAGUAUGAUAAAUUAAUAAAUUAUAUAAAAGCCAAUGCAGAAAAAAGGAACUCCAUAAAAAACGAAGUCGAAGAGCACGUUAACGAAUUUCAAAACAGCGUCGAGGAAAUACUAAAAGUGAAAAAUAAAAUAGAAAAUGCCGAAAUUCACAAAAUAAACGAAGAUUACAUAAAUAACCAAAUAGCAUGUACUAGUAUAUCCAAAAAUUUAAAUUCAACAAUAAAUGGAAAUAAUUAUUCCAAAACUAAAGAACUGUUUCACAUUUUAGAAUCUAAAAAUAAUGAAAAAUCGGAUGGGUCAAAUACAUAUGAAAAUUCGAUGAUAUAUUUCCGUUUCGUUUAUUUAGCUUCGUUUUUAUAUUCUGAUAAUGUCGAGACUAUUUCAAAGGUAUGCAAACUAAUUAUAGAAAACAUAAUACAAGUUGGAAAAAAAAGCAAAAAUGGGAAUUUUAUACUAAAAGAAAGUGGAAAUUACGUUUUUAAAAAUUUGAAUUUAUUUAUCAUACUUAUAAAAGGAUCAAAUUUUGCAUUAAGAUAUUUGUUUCAAAAAAAAUUUGACAUGGAUUUAAAAUCAUCUUUUAUUCAUUUUAAUGCAAUAUUAAGUGCAGUUUUAUUAGUAGAUAUAUUGAUGAAAAAAAAAAGUUGUAUAGCAAAAUUGUCUUAUGAUCAUUUUUCUUUUUUUUUUAUUAAUACAAUAGUUUGUUUAAGUAUAUAUACAAAAAUAAUACACACAAAUAAUUAUAUAUAUUUAUUUAAAAAUGGAGAAAUUGCUCGUAGUUUAGUUACAAGUAUAUUAAAUAAUUUAUUAGGACGAGAAUUUUUAACAAGUCAUUCUAAAUUAUUAGAAUAUGCUUGUAAUGUUUCUUUUAAUUUAGGAUUUGAUAUUAUGAAAAACAAUUCUAUUCUAAUUGAUAAUAUAUCUGAUUCUACAGAAUUUUAUAUAUAUAUAAAUACUUAUAUUAAAAUAAUAAAUAAAAUUUAUAAAAAAAUUAUUAACAAAAUUUCUGAAGAAAAUAAGAAAGAAAAUAAUUUUGUAUAUAGAAUAUUAAAUAUUAUUUUUACAUGUUUAAAUAAAUAUGAUAUAUUUUUAUCUAAUAUUGAACAUGAAAAAACACGAAAACGAAAAAUAGAUAAUAUGCAUGAUGACCAAAAUGCAAAUCAAAUCAAAAAUGCAAAUCAUAUAAUUAGCACCACACAAUUUAAUAAAAAAAUAUGCAACGAAAGAGAAAAUGGUGGAAAAUUUGACAGUGACAAAUUUGGCAGUGAAAAAUUUGGAAAUGAAAAAGAAAAUAGCGAAAAAUUUGGAUACAAUUCCGAUACAUCUAUUUACAACUGUAGAACCACUUAUUUUGAAAAUCUAAAUAUUGAUUGUAUGAAUAAUAGUACAAAUAUGGUCAUCAAAAAUGGAAGCAUUAAAAGUGCAAGUAUACAAAAUAGUGUAUCAAAAAAUGUUAUUAAUGCUAAUGAUUAUUAUAAUUCUCGAAAUAAAAAUAUUUUAAAUAAUGAAUCUAUAAAAAAAAAAAGAGAUUCAUAUACAAAUGCUGAAAUGGAUAUAAUAAAUAAAAAUAGAAACGAUUUUAUGAAUAAAUAUUUAUUUUUUAUCCAAUUAAUUUUUUAUGCUAUUAAAAAAAAUAACCCUUUAAUUCUUAUGGCAUAUAUAAAUCAUGAAGUUGUAAAUAAUUAUAGUGAAAAUAUAAAAUAUUAUUUUAAAAGAUUGGAAAUAUUAUUAAAUAAAAAUUUAAAAGAUUGUAUAUCAAAUGUUAAUAUAAAUAUAACUCCAAAUAACUAUUUAUUAAAUUUUUCAUUCGAAACAUUUAUAAAUGAAAAUAAUAAAUUUAAAGAAACAGACAAAUCUAUAUUUGAAUCAUAUCAAAAUAUUCUUAAUCAAUAUUCAAAUUUUGAAUCAGAAAUUAUUUAUAAUAGUUUUGAUUUAUCCAUUAAUGAUGUUAUACAAAAAAAAAAUGAAUUUUUUAAAUCUCUAAAAAUGAUAAAUAUUAAUGAAAUAGCUUUUAAUAAUAACCAAUUUGAAAAUUUAAAAGAAAAAAUAUAUGAAUAUGUUAAUGAUUUAGAAAAUACUCAUAUAAAUGAUGAAAUUCAAAAUGCUGAAAUUUCUUUUAGUUAUGAUUUUCUUUGUACUAUGUAUAGAAUUCCAAUUGAGUCAGACAAAUCGAAAAGUGUUUAUCAGAAUAGGGAAGGAAAUGCCAAAGAAGUGUUAGAAAAUGCCAAAGAAGGGUUCGAAAAUGCCAAAGAAGUGUUAGAAAAUGCCAAAGAAGUGUUAGAAAAUGCCAAAGAAGGGUUCGAAAAUGCCAAAGAAGUGUUAGAAAAUGACAAAGAAGUGUUAGAAAAUGACAAAGAAGGGUUAGAAAAUGACAAAGAAGGGUUCGAAACAUAUGACCACACACACACACAAAAUAAAGAGGUGGACUCAAAUUUACAAUUAAAUUGUGAACCUGAAAAAUGCUAUACAUCAAGAAUAGAUCCGAACCAUGCCAAUCAAAACGGGAACAAUCAUAGUGACAAAAAUGGGGAAAAUUGUGAGAACAAAAGUGGGGAAGAUUGUGAGAACAAAAAUGGGGAAAAUUGUGAGAACAAAUUAACGCGUAUUAGUCAUAACAUAUAUUUAAGAAACGAAACUGUUGAAAAUAUAGAUAUAAAUGAAUUGAAAAAGAAAUAUAAUCAAAGCCAUAAUUCUUACGAAAAUAAUGAACAAAUCCAAAAUGGGGAUAAUCUUAAUCAAUAUAAUUAUAAAAUGUAUCAAAGAAAAGAAAAUGGUCCGCUUUACCAAAACAAAGAAAAUGGUCCGCUUUACCAAAACAAAGAAAAUGGUCCGAUUUACCAAAACAAAGAAAAUGAUCUGCUUUACCAAAAUAAUAAGAAUCAGAAAAGUAUAUAUAAUAAACAAAAUGAUUUAAACAGUUUUAGUUAUGAAAAAUAUGAUAGAAAUAGUGUCAGCCAAAUUGAAAAUAAAUAUAAUACAUCUAAAACUAAAGAAAAAAAUAAUAGUUAUAUAAGAAAUGCAACCCCUGAUCCAGAACAUAGCAAAGAUCAAUUAGAAAUUAGUUCUAUAACUAGCACUCCAUUUAAUGAGCUUGUAAAAUGUAGUAAUUUUGAAAUUGAAGACGAUGAAUAUACAGAAAUUAUGAAAUGUACACCCGAAAAUUAUUCUCAUAUAUCUACAUCUAAUUGUAGUAAAAGUUAUAUCGGAGAAAUAGAAAAGGGGGAAGAAACCAAGCAAAGAAACGAUAUUGAAAAAGCUAUAAAAAAAUGUAAUAUGUCAAAAUUUUCAGAAAUUAUAAACGAAGAAAACUCAGAAAAUUUCCAGAAAAAUGCAACGAAUUUCCAGGAAAAUGCAACGAAUUUCCAACAAAACGAAGAAGAGUCAGUAAAUUCCCACCAAAAUGAAGAAUCUAAUAUGUAUGAAAAAUAUGAUGAUAAUAUAGAAAAUUCGAUAAAAGGGUAUUCUAACAAUUCAUAUAAAAAUGAAAAAGAAAUAAAUAAUCCACAUUGUGUUCUUAGAAAAACAAAAUUAAAUGAUAAAGGAUUUAAUAUUUUUGAUCGAAAUAAACAAACUAAUUCUAAAAGUGCAACAUCACAUAGUAACAUUACAACAUCAGCUAAAACAUUUUUAAAAAGCAAACCAAAUGUUAAAUAUUUAAUAAAUAAAUAUGAAAGCCAAAGAGAAAGGCCUAAUUCAUGCAAUUUAAAAACAAAUACAAUUUUUACUCAAAAAAAAUCAGAAAACUAUCAUAAUAAUAACCAUAAUAAUGAUAAUCGUAAUAAUGAUAGUCAUAAUAAUGAUAGUCGUAAUAAUGGUAUAAAUAAAAUUCAUAAAUUUGGUUAUAACAAUAGUACCAUAAGUAGCAACAAAGAAAAAACACAUCCUUAUGAAAAAAGUGUAACUUCAGUUUCAGAUAUAAAAAAUAAAAGAGAUAGAAAAGACAUGUAUAAUUUGACUAGCCAUAUUUCAAAUGAUAUAGCUUUUAAAACUUUCCAAACCAAUAGUAGUGUUUCUUCUAAUUUUAAUGAUAAAAAAAAUUAUACUCAUCCAUCAAUCGAUACUAGACUAAACAAUAUUUUUGAUAAUAAAACACAUCAUGAUUAUCACAGAGAAAAUAUAUCAAGUUCUACAAAAAGGAAAAAUCAAAUUGGCAUUCCAAUUCCAAUGAAAAAAAAAAACACAAAUAGAUAA